CAACAUAAUUAAGCUAACAUGAGUAUGCUACAGCAAAUAUUAGAUCAAAUGUUUGUGGAUCCAGAAAUUUUGGAUGCGUUGGACGAGGAGCAAAAACAGAUAUUGUUUAUCAAAAUGCGGGAGGAGCAAGUGAAACGUUGGAAAGCUUUUGAGGAGCAGUGUAAGCAGGAAGGCGAGCCCCAGAGCAGCAAAUCAAAGGAUAAUUCGCGAAGAGUCAGAUGGCUGAAGGGAGAAGAUGGCGAAGUUUGGGUUUGGGUUAUGGGUGAACAUAAGGAUGACCUGACGAUUGAACAAAUUACUGAAAAACGGGCUCUUGAGGAAGCACGGCAGCUUGCUGAGAAGGAAAUGCUGGAAAGCAUGCGCUUAACGGAAUUGAAUGAUGGUAAGGAACCUGUGGUCGAACCACAUGAGGAUGAGAACACACUGAAAGAGCAGUUGAGCCGUAUUAAGCCAUGGAACAUCACAUAUGCACAUAACAAAAUACAGGAAUCUGUGUAUGAUGAUGCAGACUCACUGUUUGGCUCAUCAUCCAACGGUAAUGUAAAUUGGCCUUCGCAUAUCGCUUCUACUCCGGAACCGCCUCGCAAAGGGAUCCUGAAGAAACCCACUGAAAAUCUUCCUUCUAAUAAUAACAAUAAUAAAGGGGAUAAACUUUCAAACAAUACUGACACUGAACAGCUGAUGACAGAGAAAAUCUCCGGCACAGAUUUGUUAACUGAUAGUGAGCAACAGAUAACAGAGAAAGUCUCCGGCACAAAUUUGUUAAUUGACACCUCGAAAACACUUGAUACAGCGAUAAAUGCUACAAAACCUGAUUGGAUGAGUGGAAAUAGUUUCAAUGAGAACUUCCUUACUAUUCCACGAGCACGACUUUGGAAUAUAAAUACACAGAUCACUCCACCUCAGAAAACGAACUCUGGUCAUGACGUGGAAGUGAAAUUCCGGCCUGAUCUUAGUACGAGACAUGAUUUAUCGGUGAUUGCUCCUUAUGGAGCUCGCACUGACUAUUUGCCACUUUCCUCCCAGCCUUCUGAAUCAGACAUACGUCGUGGAUUAGGAAAAGGAAACCUACUGUCAGAUUAUAGCAGUCCAUACGGGAUGAAAACACUUGAUACAGCGAUAAAUGCUACAAAACCUGAUUGGAUGAGUGGAAAUAGUUUCAAUGAGAACUUCCUUACUAUUCCACGAGCACGACUUUGGAAUAUAAAUACACAGAUCACUCCACCUCAGAAAACGAACUCUGGUCAUGACGUGGAAGUGAAAUUCCGGCCUGAUCUUAGUACGAGACAUGAUUUAUCGGAUAUCGACGAAGAAAUCACCAAGCGACAGUCGGAAAUUUUCGAGAAGAUUAAGGAAAAACAUCAGCAAUUUGAUUUAGAAGCAGAACAAGAGGCUCAACGUGUUGAACAAGCUUGGGCGGAACAGGAAAAAAGAGCACGUGAAGCGGAAGCUCAAAUUCGACAAAUUGCACAGAGAGCUCGUGAACAACACCGUCAACAAAGUUUACGCACAUCGAAUUCAAUUGUACCAGUUCUCAAGGAUACGAAAAACACCUCACCUUUGAAGGGUGCUUUGAAGAGUUUACCCCGGCCUCCCAAACCGAAAUCACGUGAAGCAAUCAUUAAUUGGUUCAAAACUGAAGAGCUGCUACGAGGAACUGGUUUAGACCCAGUGACACGUCGACCAGCUGUUUGGUUCCAUGGAAUUAUUCCACGAAUCAAAGCUGAUCGACUGCUACAUAAAAAACCGGCCGGUUCAUACAUUGUUCGCGUUUCGGAACGUAUUUGGGGUUACACUCUUUCGUAUUCUGCUGGAGAUGGUAAUGUAAAGCAUUUUCUGAUCGAAAAAAUACCACAGGGAUAUCAGUUUCUGGGAGUUAAUCAAGUAGUCCAUCGUCAUCUUCAUGAACUCAUUGCAUUUCACGAGAUCUCGCCAAUAACAAUUAAAGGGAAUGAGAUGCUGCGUUGGGCGAUAGGACAAGUGGAUACUGAUUCGCCGGAUUAUGCUGAACUUAUUGUUGAAUGAAACAUAUUGUCGGCGUAAUUACUGACUUCACUUUGCUCUACUGUCAGUGUUUAUGAUAAGUGCCUAUGCUUUCAUCUGUGAAUAUCCCCCACAGAUUCUGAAAUUUAAAUUAGAUUCAAUUUCUGGUCUGUCCGAGAGACACUAUUAAGAUUAUUGUAAUCUUAAUCGUAUUAAUUAUCCAUGUAACUGACUUGCUCAUUCUUUUUUUGCUGUAUGUGUGAGUGUGUGCCAAAUUGUCAAAAGUGUUGCUGCAAUAAGUCAUUCAUCUGAAC